AAGCCGCUGAAUAUCGUGACACCUUCCUUAUUUGUUUUCCAUUCAAACUUUUUUUUUUCUGCAACCUCCAUUCUCCAAUUGAUUUUGAUUUGAGAAUUCUACCACUGCUGCUGUGUGCACUGUCUUCUUCCUGCUUUUCGGCCGCGUGUUUGAAGGUUCUAGUGGACCCCUAGACCCCUUUGGUCUAUAUAUAAGCAUGGAUGAGUACUCCAGAGUCAGACAUACAUCCUAUUAACUGGAAGAUUAUUUGCCUUGUUUGGUUUGAGAGACGAUUCUUGAUCAUAGGUGCCUUCAUAAGAUCAAACUCCAUUAGUGCUUGAAAAUAAAAUCUGUGGGUUUAUCGCUUUCGUUACUCUAUUCAGCCUGGGAAGAAAUCGUACGACACAGCAUCUUUCGUUUAAUCUACAACUUUGGUUUCAGUUCUAAGCAUGGUGGUAUCCCCCUGAGAGCAGAUAGCUUCAAGAAAUCAGAUACAGAAACCAUGACCAACUCAUUCAAGUCCAAUACAAGAAGCAGCAAAAAUUCUAUAAACUUGAAGAAUUGCAGACCCGAUAAUGUAGUGCUUGACAGGAAUUUAUCAUUCAAAAGUCUAGUUCAAGACAAAGGCAACUCGGUUUCAGAUAUAGAUAGAUCGCUGAAUAAAACAAUGCCAGCGCUUUCCCUUCCAGAACCGGCCAUUUUGUUUUCGCCGAGGCCGGUUAGUGAGCUUGAUGCUGCUGCAGUUAAACUUCAAAAGGUUUACAAGAGUUACAGAACUAGAAGAAACCUUGCAGAUUGUGCAGUUGUUGUUGAGGAGCUCUGGUGGAAGGCUUUAGACUUUGCAGCUCUCAAGAGAAGUUCUGUAUCAUUCUUUAAUGUUGAGAAACCUGAAACUGCUGUUUCAAGGUGGGCAAGGGCAAGGACAAGGGCAGCCAAGGUGGGAAAAGGUUUAUCCAAGAAUGAUAAGGCUCAGAAAUUAGCCCUACAACACUGGCUUGAAGCUAUUGAUCCUCGCCAUCGGUACGGUCACAACUUACACUUGUAUUAUGAUAUGUGGUUCAAAAGUGAGAGCACCCAGCCAUUCUUCUACUGGUUGGAUGUUGGAGAUGGUAAGGAAGUCAAUCUGGAGAAAUGUCCAAGGACUGUUCUACAACGCCAGUGCAUCAAAUAUCUUGGACCGAAAGAAAGGGAAGCAUACGAAGUCAUAGUUGAAAAUGGGAAGCUUGUUUAUAGAGAAAAUGGAAAUCUUGUGGAUACAGUUGAGGGUUCCAAAUGGAUAUUUGUGCUUAGCACAACAAGGGCUUUGUAUGUAGGGCAAAAGAAGAAGGGUGCCUUUCAGCACUCUAGUUUCCUAUCUGGUGGUGCCACCACUGCAGCUGGAAGAUUGGUUGCCCACAAUGGAAUUCUUGAGGCAAUCUGGCCAUACAGUGGUCACUAUCAUCCAACAGAAGAAAACUUCAGGGAAUUUAUCAGCUUCCUUCAGGAAAACAAUGUAGAUCUCACAAAUGUCAAGAGGUAUGCAAUUGAUGAUGACUGUCCUUCAAACGUUGUUGAAGAAGAACAAAAGCAAGCAUCAAUUGUGGGUUCUGCUCCUGCUUCUCAACCCAACAUUACAAAUACAACUGAUAUGGAUUUGUCCACCAAGGAGACUACAAACACAACUGUUAAUACAGAGCAAGACAUUAAAAUUAACAAUGCCAGCUUGAAGGCAACUGUUUUUGAGUGGCCCCAACGAUUGCCUUGCAAGUGGACCACUGGGGCUGGACCGCGCAUUGGUUGUGUCCGGGACUACCCUACAGAGCUGCAAUCAAGAGCAUUGGAACAGGUUAACCUAUCUCCUAGGGUGCCUCCUGGGACUUUUAGCAACUAUGGCCCGAUCCCAUCUCCACGCCCCAGUCCAAAGGUUAGGGUCUCCCCUAGGCUUGCGUAUAUGGGCAUCCCUAGUCCAAGGACCCCAAUUCCUGUAGCCUAAGGUAUUUCAGAGAGGAAGGAAUGAAUUUUGGUCAUGGGUUGACAAUUACAGUCAACAGCAGGUCAAGACAGGCAGCAGAUGGAGCACUGCUGGUGCUUAAAAUGAUAUCAGUAAACAAUAAGGAUGAAUCAAGGGACUAACCCAAUUCUUUUGUUAUUUUUCACCUUUGUUUAUUACUUAAUUCUUUUGAGACGGCUUACCUGAGCCAACCUUUUGUAUUUCUUAAUUUAACCCAAUUCUGGCCCCUGUUUUUAGUGUUGGGUUUCGUAUUUCUUUCUUGUAUACAGACACUUGAGAUGGUAUUCAUCUUCAAUGAAAGCAUAAUUCAAACAGAUUUUGUUAUCA